AAAAGCGGAGGCGGCUCGAGUCGAGUGGGCGAAGGAAGAGCGCGUGCUCAUCGAACUGCCUGCCACGAGAUUGUCGCUGCCCAUGGCCGCCGCCGCCGCCGAUGCGCCGUCGCGUCUCCUGCUGCUCGUCGCCGUCCUCGUCGUCGCCGCCGCCUGCGCGGUGGGGGCGGGGGCGGCGCUGGACGACUCCGCGGAGCUCCUGCGGCGGGCGAAGGAGGCGGAGUUCGCCGGGUGGAUGACCGGGCUGCGGCGGCGGAUCCACGAGAACCCGGAGCUCGGGUACGAGGAGUUCGCCACCAGCGAGCUCGUGCGCCGGGAGCUGGACGCCCUGGGGAUCCCCUACAGGCACCCCUUCGCCGUCACCGGCGUCGUCGCCACCGUCGGCACCGGCGGCCCGCCCUUCGUCGCGCUCCGGGCCGACAUGGACGCGCUCGCGAUGCAGGAAAGUGUGGAAUGGGAGCACAAGAGUAAAGUGCCUGGAAAGAUGCAUGGGUGUGGCCAUGAUGCACAUGUCGCUAUGUUGUUGGGUUCUGCCAGGAUACUUCAGGAGCACCGUGACGAGCUGAAGGGUACCGUAGUACUUGUUUUCCAACCAGCUGAGGAAGGUGGUGCUGGGGCAAAGAAAAUGAUAGAUGAUGGAGCUAUGGAAAAUAUAGAGGCCAUUUUUGGGGUUCAUGUUGCUGAUGUUGUGCCUAUUGGUGUGGUGGCAUCCAGGCCAGGACCUGUAAUGGCAGGGAGUGGAUUCUUCGAGGCAGUAAUAAGUGGAAAGGGAGGGCACGCUGCACUUCCUCACCACACUAUAGAUCCAAUACUGGCUGCAUCAAAUGUUAUUGUAAGCCUUCAGCAACUUGUUUCACGGGAAGCUGAUCCCCUAGACUCACAGGUAGUAACAGUUGGAAAAUUUCAAGGAGGUGGAGCCUUCAAUGUCAUCCCUGAUUCUGUUACGAUUGGUGGCACCUUCCGAGCCUUUUUGAAAGAGAGUUUUAAUCAAUUGAAGCAGCGAAUUGAAGAGGUCAUUGUUUCACAAGCAUCCGUGCAGCGGUGCAAUGCCGUUGUGGACUUCCUCAACAAGGAUCGCCCUUUCUUCCCUCCAACAAUCAACCACGCUGGGCUCCACGAUUUCUUUGUGAAGGUAGCCAGCGAGAUGGUUGGCCCCAAGAAUGUCAGGGACAAGCAGCCGCUCAUGGGCGCCGAGGACUUCGCCUUCUACGCCGACGCAAUCCCUGCAACUUACUACUACUUCCUGGGCAUGUGCAACGAGACCCGCGGGCCACAGGCGCCUCACCACUCCCCCUACUUCACCAUCAACGAAGACACGCUGCCCUACGGGGCGGCCUUGCAAGCGUCACUGGCUGCUCGCUAUCUGCUCGAGCACCAGCACGCUGCCAUUGAUAAGGUGAGAGCACAUGACGAGCUGUAGGUAACAACAACACACAAUCUCUGCCCUCUCCCUCGUCGUGAACAGGCUUCUUGUUAUUAAAAACGCAAAUGAUAAAUUCUUGGCAAAAAUAGAACUGUGCCAAAUUAAGGUGGCCUGGCUGGCCAUCGAUUUCUGUAUUGCUAGGUGCCAUAUGCAACUGGUGUACAUAUGUUCCUGAUUACUUCGCAAUUCCAAUGAGUAGAUUUGGUAUUCUUGUUCCAUGCAUUGAAGCAACGAUCGGUGGAAUGCAUGAUUGUGAAGGGAUACGUGGAAAACAUGGCUCUUAAUUAAUCGCCCGAUUGUGCGUGAUAAAAGGAAUAUAUGCACGAGA